AUGGCACAAAAAUCUUCACUAUCAUCAUCAUUGUCCAUCAAACUAUGUUUCACUUUCAUGCUGGCAUUCUUAGCCUUUUCCGCCACGGCAAACCCUCGUCCUGCACAUAAGGAAAUAAAGAUGACCUUGUACCAACAAGAUAUCUCUCCGGGAGCACCAAAUGCGACCGGUAUUGUUGUUGCCGGUCCAACAAACUUGGCUUUCGGUUCCAUCGUCGUCGUUGAUGAUCGCGUAACUGAAAGGGCAUCAAACAAUUCACGCCAAGUCGGAAGAAUACAAGGAAUUUACGUGACCGCAUCACGAGAUUCACAAAGCAUCAAUGUUUAUUAUAGUUUAACUUUCACCACCGGAGCGUUCAAUGGUAGUACCUUGGAAAUCCAAGGACGAAGCUUGAAAUUAGGUAAGGUAAGAGAAUUUUCUAUAACCGGUGGAACCGGAAAGUUCCGGUUUGCCACGGGUUAUGCCACUUUCGAAACGAUAUUUCUUGACCUGACCACUAACUAUAACAUCGCAAGGAUCAACCUCACGGUUGUAUGUGUUUGCUAUUGA